AUGCUAUCAUAUCCAAGCUCUAGUGUGUCUGCUAUCAGAGAGCAUCGGGACGGAUCAGUCGGUGCACCGUGUGCGAAGAGGCAGCAACUUGGAAGCAAGCCCUGGUGUCUCAAGCUCCUCCCACUCGCGUCAUUCCUCCACCUUGGCUUUCCCUCUUCCUCUAAAUUCAUCUGGCCAUCCUCAAAUCGUCUCCUGGAACCCCCAAUCCAAAAGACAUCAUUCUGCCACAAAGAAAUUCACCACUCACCAACAGCUUUGUUGUACUCUACACCUCCUACCGACUUCCUCAGCGCACACGACCACUUAAUUUGUCUCUUGACAGCUGCCAAACUACCAAUAAUCCCCGCCUAA